GCCAAACGAACCAGCGCCGCAGCCCGCAGCGCACCCAUCCCACCAAACAAACAGCUAGCAGGCGAGGCGACCCGCUCCGACCGAGAGCCGAUGCCGACGCCGUACAGCGCGGCGGCGCUGCAGCAGCACCACCGGCUGGUCUCCUCCUCCGGCGGCCUGGCGGUGGCGGCGGCGACGGGGGCACACAGGUGCGGCGAGCACGACGGGACGGUGCCGCCGGAGGUGGCGCGGCACCACGAGCACGCGGCGCCGGGGGGCCGCUGCUGCUGCUCGGCGGUGGUGCAGCGCGUGGCGGCGCCCGCGGCGGACGUGUGGGCCGUGGUCCGGCGCUUCGACCAGCCGCAGGCGUACAAGAGCUUCGUGCGCAGCUGCGCGCUGCUGGACGGCGACGGCGGCGUGGGCACGCUGCGGGAGGUGCGCGUGGUGUCGGGCCUCCCCGCGGCGUCCAGCCGGGAGCGGCUGGAGAUCCUGGACGACGAGCGGCACGUGCUGAGCUUCAGCGUGGUGGGCGGCGAGCACCGGCUCCGCAACUACCGGUCGGUGACCACGGUGCACCCGGCGCCGGGGGGGAGCGCGUCGGCCACGCUGGUGGUGGAGUCGUACGUGGUGGACGUGCCCCCCGGGAACACCCCCGAGGACACCCGCGUGUUCGUGGACACCAUCGUCAAGUGCAACCUCCAGUCCCUCGCCCGCACCGCCGAGAAGCUCGCCGGCCGAGGGGCGGCCUACGGCGCGCUGCCGUGAUCGAAUCGAAUCAGAAUCGCAACCGCAACCGCAAUCGCCGGCCCGUGCCUCCCCUCCGGUGGUCAACUCAAGCCCAGCCUCGGCCGCAGGGGCGUUUCGGUAAAAUCGCGCUCCGAUUUCCGAUUAAUGAAUCCAAAUCCAUGGUGUGGUGCGCGGGUGGUGGCGGUCGAUUAUUUUUCUCUUGUUCUUUCUGGCGUGAAGGCGAGGGGUCGGUGGGUCGGUUCGGUUCGGUCGGCGCGCUUUCGCAGCUGGCCCCUCGCUGUUUCUCCUUAUCGCGAGACACCCCCCUUGUAGUAGUGCUCCUAGCUCUAGUCUUCGUUCGUUCCCCUUCGUUGUUCUCGGUAAGAUGAUAAGAUUUGACAGGAAUUGAGGAGUAAAAACUAGCUUGGACCGAUGCAAGACUCAUCAACAUCUCUGUAUAUAUUCUUUCAGUUUCUCGUUGCAUAGUGUAUGUUGUCAUCACCAUUUUGCUCGUGACAUUUCAUCGAAUUU